AUGGCUAGCCCCGCGCCCUUAGUGGCCUCCAUCAGCCACUAAAUGGUGGCUCUGCGGACCCUGCAGCUGUUGCAGCAGGAGGGGGGUUGGGGGGACUGUCCGGGAGCCUCUGGGAGCCCGCGCAACCCGGAUCACUUGUCGGCCGCCCCAGCCCGUCGCUCAGGCCCGGUGCGGGCUCCGGCGGAGUCCGGGCGCGAGAAGGGGGCAGUAGCGGCCAGGACUGGGGGCGCCGGGACGCCGGCGAGCUCCCCAGAAGUGGAGGCGGUGCGAGACUCCGAGGGAGGCGCGGAACUGCUGCCCUUCCCCCGGGCCCGCAGCCCCUGCACUUUGGGCCGGAUGGCCAUGCGCAGCGCGCUGGCCCGCGUGGUGGAGUCGACUUCGGAGCUAGGCAGCGUUGAGCAGACGCUGUUGGGCCCCCUGCAGCAGGAACAGCCCUUUCCCAUUCACCUAAAGGAUAGUGUUGAGUUUAGAAACAUUUGCAGUCAUCUGGCUCUACAGAUCGAAGGACAGCAAUUUGACAGACACUUAAAUGCUGCCCACCAGUGCUUGAAGACAAUAGUCAAGAGGCUGAUUCAGUUGCUUGAUAAUCUUCCUUCGGAUUCGCACAUGGUAGCUUGUGCUUCCUUGAGACAGAUCUUGCAGAAUCUCCCAGAUGUAUGAGGGUUAAAGACACUGGGAUUAAAACCACAGCUAGCACUACUAAAAGAACUAUGGAUUUACCUUCCUACUUAA